ACAGCGGCCUGUCUCCCAUUAGCGGUGAAACUAGCGUUUGUGUGUGCGUAGAAAGGGGGUUCUCUCUUCUUCCUUUUCCUCUUGUGGAAAAACUAGUCCGAUGCGAUGGAAGAACUCAUGCAGAACGGGACCUCCCCGCUGACCCCGAAGAUGGCACUGAACGCCCAGCGAGGAGGCAGCACGAGUCCUUGCUGGAGGCGGGCCAGCACCCCACUUCCCGCCUCCUGUGGGCUUCGCCCGGGGAUCCUGAGCACUCGCCCCAAACUGGCACGACCCCGCCACCCACAGCUGGGACAGUCCUCGUCCUGCGAGCCCCAGGGGCACCUGCCGGAGCCACGUGGCAGCUGGUCUUCGGAGUCCUCGGAUGAGUCAUGGGAAUCGCUGUACCGAGUGGUGCUUCUAGGUGAUCCCGGAGUGGGCAAGACCAGCCUGGUCAACCUUUUUGCUGGGGUUCAAGAGAAGGAUUUGCCAGAACAGCAUAGAGAGGACUCCUACGAGCGCACCUUGUCUGUGGACGGCGAGGAGACCACGCUGAUGGUGAUCGACACCUGGGAGGCCAACCGCCGGCCCCUGGAGGAGGAGAACUGGCUGUACAAUUACUGCAUGCAGGUGGGCAAUGCCUACGUCAUCGUCUACUCCAUCACCGACCGGGGCAGCUUCGAGAGCGCGUCGGAGCUGCGCAUCCAGCUGCGCCGCACCCGCCAGGCGGAGAACAUCCCCAUCAUUCUGGUGGGAAACAAGACGGACCUGGUGCGCUGCCGGGAGGUUUCUGUGGAAGAAGGCCGUGCCUGUGCUGUGGUCUUCGACUGCAAGUUCAUCGAGACGUCUGCCGCCCUCCAGCACAACGUCGCCGAGCUCUUCGAGGGGGUGGUGCGGCAGAUCCGCUUGCGCCGGGACAGCAAGGAGGCCAACGACAGGCGCAUGUCCCUCUACAAGCGCAAGGAGAGUCUCACCAAGAAGGUGCGCCGCUUCCUCGACCGGCUGGUGGCCCGAAACAACAGGAAGGUGGCCCUCAAGGUGCGGUCCAAGUCCUGCCAUGACCUCUCCGUCCUAUAAGUGAGCCCGAUCCCACCGCCUCCGGCUCCCUCUCAUGCUUCCCGGGGACUCGGCCUCGGCUCCGACAUGUACACAGUGAUUUGCCAGCUCUCUUCUGUGCUAGUGUCUCUCGGGGCAGGAGGACCUUCUGGCAGCUGGGCUGCCGGGGUGGGCCCUGUGCCGGCACACGACCCCAGUGCCGCUCGGGGAGACGCUGCGUGGGUCGACUGCUCGGCCUGCCGACCCCGGGGCCUGGUGGGGAGGCAGCUUCGUGAACCAUGGCCUUGGUACAGGUCUCUGGGGGGUGGGGGGCCGCUCCACAGUGCUGGUCCUGGAGGAAGAGAGACGGCACUAGAUGCCACAUCAGACUAAAUGCCACAUCAGACUGCUCCGUCCCCCUGGCCCCAAAGACUUUUGAUGGUGCCUCCCUGGCUGCGCAUGUUCAGGUUCCCCGAUGGGAGUUGCGUUUCCAGCUUGCUCCUACUGCAUACCUAAAUUCUGUAGCUUAGAGGACAGAAGCAGAUCUCGGGUCAGGUGGAGGCGGUGGCCACUCUCCCCUCCCCCCUUCAGAAGCAACAUAACUUUAAAUGCAGAUGGUCCCACCAAGUGGGGAACGGACUACUUUCUGUACUGCAGAGGGUCUUCAGGAGAGUGGCCAAGGGGUGCAUUUGAACACAUCUUCCUGUGUGAGUGGAAGCGAUGGAGGGGAGGGGAGGGGAGGGCUACACGUUCUGAAAGAAGUGUCCUUUCACAGUUUCCUGGUACUUUACCCUGACCUCAGAUAGAUAAAUUCCCGAGAGGCGGAAAACAAAACGGAACAAACUGGAGAACCAGCAGAGGGGAGAAGCCUUUGGAUGCUUCCAGUGCCUUUAGCAGUCACAGUUCAACAGGCAAAGCCCUUCCUGUGUUGAAGGUGGGAGGGAAUCUACCUUGGUUGAAACUCGGCCUGCUGUGCAGCGGUUGAAGGCAAGGAAGCCCUUCCUGGAAAGUCGCUAAGAAGGGCUGUCCUGCUGGUGUGUCCCUGCCUGCAGCGCUUGUUGCAGCUCCCCCAGCAGUCUGGGGGCAGGUCCAGCCUGAGGGCUGCUCAUGGAGGUGCACGUGCGAACCGGGGUGCUAACCCCAAACUCUCAACAUGGCCAGCAGAUCUGCACAAAGACCUGGCUAAGGCCACUCAUCAUUGGUCCUAUUUUACAGAAGAGGAACACUGAGGCAAAAAGAGAAGGGAUGAGCAUGAGGGCAGGUAGGGCAGAAAUCGUGGAACGGCAACAAAGCUCUCAGUUUCAGUUACUGUAACUGAAGGAGGUGGGAGUCAGACGCUCUGGCCGAAUGACUGAGAGGAGAGACUUCAGCCGAUCCUGAACUCCUUUCUGUCCACUCCUGGUGCAGGAUAUGUUGGGGCCUGAAGUUUUGCAGUCGGCGUCUUUUUGUCAGUGCCCACCUAGCUAAAAUAGGAACAUGCCUGCAGUCAGGAGACCCCUCUGUUUCUGAGGGCUGAAUGGUGUCUGCCGUUCCACUUUGCACAGCUGAGGGGUCAAAUCCUUGAAGGUGGGGUGCAUCCAUGAAGAACUAGCAAGCUUUGUUGUCCGUUGAGUUGGGUCUCUGCCUGUUAAUUUUCCGAGAGAGAUGCUGGGGCUCAGGCCCACCUCGACAGGGAACCUGGGAUGUCCCCGCCCCAGAUCCCAAGAAGUCAUUCGUCAUGGCAAAGGGCGUGCACACGCACGCUCACAAUCCGUUCAGCAGUCUCCUUCACAACUAAGUGCUCCCCAGAGCAGUGAAACAGGUGCCGCCAGCUCACACAAGAUCAUUCUUCCACCCCUGAAAGAUUUCUGGUGGCACAAAGCGUCUCUGGGCAGCCCUCUGGACAGACGUAGGCCUCGCUUGGGCAUCUCAGGCUCAAAGGUCCCACCUUCCAAAAGUGGCCAGGGGCUUCCUCCACCAUCAGAACUGGACCUGGAAGCAGGUGCUUCUCUUAAACGUCAGCCUCCGCUCAAGUUGCUACAGGUGCCCUUUUAGCACAGCACAGUGGCUGGAUGCAUCCUCCCCAAGGUGUCCCGAUCGAUCGCUGGACACCUUUCCUGAGGACUUCAAAAGGGAGCGCUGCCUGGAAGGGGCUGGAAGAGUGGGCGGCCCUCAAGCCGAGGAAAAGGGCUGGGACAGGCAGCUGGUAGGUCGGGAGACAGACGCAGCAUCUGGAGAGUCUCUAGCAGAAACGGGGUGCAGCCGGGGAGGAGGUCUGCCCACGUCGCCUCUGGGGCCCUGCCGUCUUUAUUUUAACAGCCUGCUUGCUCCCUAUGGGCACCGCUUGUACAUUUGUAAAUAAAGCUACUACAACCUGGA